CAGAGGUGCAACCUUCAGCUCGCACUGCGUGACUCAUAUUAACAAGAAGCACUGAGCUUUUGUCACAAUACCUGGACCGUAGCCUCCGGGAAGGAGUUUUGUUUUGUGUAGUUGUAUGAAUGUAAAUUUUGUUGAGGUUACGAUACAGUGCUGCUAUGGCCGACACAAACCCUCAGCCGCCCGCCCCGGGCCCGUCCUCUCAGCUCGACAAGGUGCAAAGUCAGGUGAACGAGGUUAAAGUUAUCCUGAAAGACAACAUCGACAAAGUGAUGGAGAGGGGUGACAGAUUAGAUGACCUGAUCGGCAAGACGGACGACCUGCAGGCUACUGCCGACUCCUUCCAGAGAACAUCUACACGGGUUGCCCGGAAAUACUGGUGGAAGAACAUUAAAAUGAUGAUUAUAAUCGGCGUGGUUGUGCUGAUCAUCCUGAUCCUCAUCAUCCUCGCCGCCACUGGCGUCAUAUAGCCUUUUUUUUUUAACCAGCUACGAAGAAAGCGCUCACCUCCAGUCACCUAAUCAAACUCACCAAGAGCUGUUUUGCAUUUCAAUAGCAAAAAAUGUGUACAGAAAUUUCAAAGGUAAAUAAUUAUUGAUGAGGUCACUUCAUGAAGACAUCUGAUAAUGGCAAGAUUAAAUUGUUCUGAAGAUUCCUGACAUACAUCCUUAACACUCCAACUUUUAUUCAAGUGAUGUAAAACACUUUAUUAAUGAAAGUCAAACCCAAGUGAGUUUUGUUUUGUUUUAUUUGUUGCAUUUUGUAAUAUCCAAUACACUGUGUAUUAUGUAUAUAUAUUGUGGCAGGAUGAAGCACAACUCCUUGUGUUUAUUUCAGACAACGGAUCUCUCUCUCUCUCUCACACACUCACACACACACACGUAUAGAGAGAGAGAUUAGAUAGAUAGUGUGUGUGCAUGUCUGUAAACCUCUGUAAUAAGAUGUAUUAUAUAAGAGAUGACAAUGAUUAAGAGGUUAAAAUUGUAUAUUUGUCUCCACAGUACAGUACAUGUGUGAUUUGUUCCAACCAACAUCAAAUCUGGAAUAACUGAAAAAAAAUCACAAGCAUUUGAGAACAAAUAAAGAAAGAAAAAGGAACAGAAAAAAGCUACAACUUUGAAACUUUGAAGUGAAUGGAAAACACUGAAAUACUCUUGUAAAUAUGAAGAAAAUGUAGUGUAGGUCAAAGCACUCUUCGUGUACUGAUUUACAACUAUCUAAGUCAUCUUUGCUGGAUCAUCUCUGGCCAACGUUCCUCCAGCGCACCGCAGACUUUCAUCACUCUGAUGCCUG